AUGGCGUCCGGACGCAAGGAUUUUCUGAGCCAGCAAGCGCCCGAAAACUACGUCGCUGGUUUGGGCCGUGGUGCGACAGGCUUCACCACCCGCUCCGACUUGGGACCCGCGCGAGAAGGUCCUACGCCCGAACAGAUCCAGGCGGCUCUGACGAAGAGAGCGCAGCUUCUGGGAGCCACCCCGCCUACUGCAUACGGCACUACUACACGCGAGAAAGGUGGGAAGGAAGAGAAGGAAGAGGAAGAAGAUGAGCGCUUCCAGGAUCCCGACAACGAGGUCGGACUGUUCGCGUACGGGCAAUUCGACCAGGAGGACGAUGAAGCCGAUCGCAUUUACCGGGAGGUAGAUGAGAAGAUGGACAAGCGUCGCAAAAUUCGAAGGUUAGUCUCUUUUCCCCGCUCGAUCUUCAAAUACCAUUUGUUCAUCGGGCCCCUGCCCCGGUUGUUUGGAACAGAUUACCGACUUGAAUUGUUUGCCACCAACAGGGAAACUCGUGAACAGCAAGAACAAGAAGAUUACGAACGUAAAAACCCCAAAAUUCAACAGCAGUUCGCCGACCUCAAACGAUCGCUGGCAGCCGUUUCCGAGGAAGACUGGGCCAACCUUCCCGAGGUGGGCGACCUGACGGGAAAGAAUCGACGAGCAAAGCAAAACCUGCGGCAGCGUUUCUACGCGGUUCCGGACAGCGUCAUUGCUGGGGCGAGAGACUCGGCACAAUUUGAUACGACCGUUGCCGAAGAUGGCACGCCAACGGACGCCCGCGAGGGGGAAGGCGGCGAUGGUACGAUGACGAACUUUGCGGACAUCGGUGCGGCGCGUGAUAAGGUCUUGAAGGUCCGACUCGACCAGGCCGCGCUGGGGUCAUCUGCGGAUACCUCGUCAGGUAGUGCAACCAAUAUCGACCCCAAAGGCUAUCUUACCAGCUUGACGCAGUCCGAGCUCAAGGCCGGUGAGGUCGAGGUGGGCGACAUUAAGCGGGUCCGGGUUCUCCUGGAGUCUGUCACCAAGACCAACCCCAAACAUGCGCCUGGCUGGAUUGCGCUUGCUCGUCUUGAGGAGCUUGCGGGUCGGAUUGUCGCCGCUAGGAAUAUCAUCGCCAAGGGAUGUGAGCUUUCCCCCAAGAGCGAAGACGCAUGGCUCGAAAAUAUUCGACUGAACGAGGGCCACAAUGCGAAGGUCAUUGCGGCAAACGCAAUUAAGAAUAAUGAUCGCUCGACAAGGCUUUGGACAGAAGCCAUGAAGCUGGAAACGGACGCUCGAGCUAAAAAGAAUGUCCUCCGACAGGCCAUUCUGCACAUCCCACAAUCCGUUCAGAUCUGGAAAGAAGCCGUGAAUCUGGAGGAGGAUCCUGCGGAUGCACGCCUACUGCUGGCUAAGGCGGUCGAAAUGAUUCCUUUGUCAGUAGAGCUCUGGAUGGCUUUGGCUCGCCUCGAGACCCCCGAGAAUGCACAGAAGGUCUUGAACGCCGCUCGCAAAGCCGUUCCCACCAGUCACGAAAUUUGGAUCGCCGCAGCUCGACUUCAGGAGCAGAUGGGUACCUUUGAAAAGGUCAAUGUUAUGAGACGUGCUGUGCAGUCUCUGGCCAGAGAGAACGCGAUGCUGAAGCGUGAAGAGUGGAUCGCGGAAGCUGAACGAUGUGAAGAAGAGGGAGCCAUCCUCACCUGCGGUGCUAUUGUUCGGGAAACGCUAGGCUGGGGCCUGGAUGAGGAUGAUGACCGGAAAGAUAUCUGGAUGGACGAUGCCAAGUCCAGUAUUGCUCGAGGUAAAUACGAGACUGCGCGGGCCAUUUACGCCUACGCACUGCGGGUGUUUGUCAACCGCCGCUCCAUCUGGCUCGCAGCGGCCGAUCUGGAACGCAAUCAUGGCAGCAAAGAGGCGCUGUGGCAGAUUCUCGAAAAAGCCGUUGAAGCAUGCCCUCAGAGCGAGGAGAUCUGGCUGCAGCUUGCCAAGGAGAAAUGGCAGGCCGGCGAAAUUGAUGACGCCCGAAGAGUCCUGGGCCGUGCCUUCAACCAAAAUCCCAACAACGAAGAUAUUUGGCUCGCCGCCGUCAAACUGGAGGCGGAUGCCACACAAACGGACCAGGCCAGAGAACUUCUUGCUACUGCUCGUCGGGAGGCUGGCACUGACCGCGUAUGGAUCAAGAGCGUUGCGUUUGAGCGACACUUGGGCAACAUCGACGAUGCACUAGACCUGGUCAACCAAGGAUUGCAGCUCUACCCAAAGGCCGACAAGCUGUGGAUGAUGAAGGGUCAGAUCUACGAGGCCCAGAACAAAUUCCCGCAGGCACGCGAGGCGUAUGGAACCGGCACCCGGGCCUGCUCCAAGUCUGUCGCACUCUGGCUCCUGGCCUCGCGAUUGGAAGAAAAAGCGGGUGCCGUGGUUCGGGCGCGAUCAGUCCUCGACCGGGCUCGCCUUGCUGUUCCUCAGAGUCCCGAGCUCUGGACGGAGAGCGUGCGAGUGGAGCGCCGCGCAAACAACAUCGCGCAAGCCAAGAUCCUGAUGGCGAGAGCUCUGCAAGAAGUGCCAACGUCGGGGCUCCUCUGGAGCGAGAGUAUCUGGCACCUCGAACCCCGGGCCCAGCGCAAGGCGCGCAGCUUGGAAGCCAUCAAGAAGGUCGACAACGACCCGAUCCUGUUCAUAACCGUGGCGCGAAUUUUCUGGGGCGAGCGGCGGCUAGAGAAGGCAAUGACCUGGUUCGAGAAAGCAAUUGUCUCGGACAGCGACUAUGGCGAUGGCUGGGCCUGGUACUACAAGUUCUUGAUGCAGCAUGGCACUGAAGAAAAACGGUCCGACGUCAUCUCCAAAUGCGUCACGACCGAACCGAAGCACGGCGAAGUAUGGCAGUCUCUGGCCAAGGACCCGGCCAAUGCGCACCAGUCGACCGAGGAGAUUUUGAAGGCAGUUGCAAAAGCUAUCGACUGA